AUGUUAAAGGAAAACCCAAUUCAAGAAUUACAGUUGCAAAAUCCAAAUCCAAUUCAAAAUCCAAAUCUAAAUCCAAAUCAAAAUCCCCCAAAAAUCUUUACUACCAUGGCAGCAAACUCGCCGACCACCACAAGGAAAGAAGGUGAAUUUCUCCUCCUUGGCCGAUACGAGAUCGGAAAGCUUCUCGGACAUGGCACCUUCUCUAAAGUCUACCUCGGUCGUAACGUGAAAACCAAUGAAUUUGUCGCCAUUAAAGUGAUCGAUAAAGAACAGAUCUUGAAAGGCGGUUUAAUCUCCCACAUAAAACGCGAGAUCUCCAUCCUCCGCCGUGUUCGCCACCCCAACAUCGUCCAACUCUUCGAGGUAAUGGCAACAAAAGCUAAAAUAUUUUUCGUUAUGGAAUACGUUAAAGGCGGUGAGUUGUUCAAUAAAGUUGCUAAAGGUAGAUUAAAAGAAGAAAUCGCUAGAAAUUAUUUCCAACAACUCAUUUCUGCUGUAGGGUUUUGUCAUGCUCGUGGUGUUUUCCAUCGAGAUUUAAAGCCUGAGAAUAUAUUACUAGAUGAAGAUGGUAAUUUGAAGGUCUCCGAUUUCGGAUUAAGCGCCAUUUCUGAGCAAAUCAGAGGCGAUGGUCUGUUUCAUACCUUUUGUGGGACGCCGGCGUAUGUUGCGCCGGAGGUUUUAGGCCGGAAAGGGUACGAAGCUGCGAAAGUCGAUAUCUGGUCAUGUGGGGUUAUCUUGUUCGUUUUAAUGGCUGGUUAUUUACCAUUUCAUGAUCAAAACGUUAUGGUUAUGUAUAAGAAGAUUUACAGAGGGGAAUUCCGGUGUCCACGGUGGUUCUCGCCGGAGUUAUCCCGGCUGUUAAAACGACUCCUUCAAACAAACCCAGUUACCAGAAUCACCAUACCGGAGCUCAUGGAGAAUCGUUGGUUCAAGAAAGGUUUUAAGAACAUAAAAUUCUAUUUAGAAGAUGAUAAAUUGUUUAGCGUGAAAGAUGAAGACUUUAAAGACGAUGAUAUCGAUUACUCAUCCGAUCAAUCUUCACGGCCCGAAUCACCUACCGAGGUUGACACCAGAAAGCGGCUCACCACCAUGCCCAGACCUGCAAGCUUGAACGCAUUCGAUCUAAUUUCAUUCUCACCUGGGUUCAGUUUAUCUGGCCUUUUUGAAGACGCCGGAGAGGAGUUACGUUUCGUCUCCGGCGCCACCGUGCCACACAUCAUUUCGAAGCUCGAGGAGAUCGCAAAAGGGGUGAGUUUCAAAGUAAGGAAGAAGGAUUUCCGGGUAAGUUUGGAAGGAUCAAGGGAGGGAGUGAAAGGUCCAUUGACGAUCGGAGCUGAGAUAUUUGAAUUAACACCAAAUUUAAGAAUGAUUGAAGUAAAGAAGAACGCCGGAGACAAAGGGGAAUACGAUGAGUUUUUUGAUCGUGAACUCCGGCCGGGAUUGCGUACUCUGAUGUUGCCGGCGCCUAUCUCCGGUGAAUCUUCGGUUUUGCCGUCUGAGACUGAAUCACUUAAAUGA